AAUAAGCUCGCAAUUUACAACAUUAUGUACAUAUUUAUCAUCUCCGCUAAGUUUUUGUUAACAAAAUUGUGAGAACGUAAAAGUGAAAGUGCCCACAAAAAACAAUGGCACUGAUAAGAAAGUACGUUUUGCAAUAAUCCAUUUAUAUUAUAACAGAAACAGAAAAGUCGUAGUAAAAAAUUGUGCGACUUCACUGCUGGUGAGCACGUACUUGGCGGCGAAAGUGCCAGAGCAGAGCGCAAAGGACAAGCUGAGCAAUAAGUUGAAGGAAAGCAGGAGCGAUUACAGAAGUGAAAAUUCGCGAAAAAUAUUUAUGAGAUAAUUUUGUAUAAAAUACAUAUUAGUUAAUAGUUAGAAGAAAAGUACAAAAGCAAAAAUGGUGAGGAAGCAAGGAUUAACAAUUUUCAGCAAACGUUAUCGCAUGCAGAUUUUGGUAACACUUGCAGCUCACAUAAUGACGCUUUCCCAUGGCAUUGGUCUUGGCUGGCUCUCGCCAACACUCUUAAUAUUGCAGUCUCCACGAAGCCCUUUAGAAUUCAAAGUUGCCGUUGAAGAUGUGUCCUGGAUUGGUUCGAUUUUCGGUUUGGGUUCACUUACCAGUAACAUAUUCUUUGGCCUCUUGGCGGCUCGCAUCGCAAGGAAGACAAAUAUGUACCUCUUGGCGAUACCACAUAUGCUCUUUUGGAUCCUUAACUAUUUUGCACAGAGUGUCGAGUAUCUCUACGCAUCGCGUUUCUUUGCGGGGCUAACCAGCGGUGGACUCUAUGUCAUUGGGCCUGUCUUUAUUAGUGAGAUUUCAGCUAAAGAAAUACGCGGCGCACUCACCUCGUUGGCAAUGAUGUUCUACAGUUGCGGCAUUCUAAUUGGCUUCAUACUGCCCUCUUACCUCGAUUAUCAUCUUAUACCAUGCAUCGUCAUUUUCCUAUCCAUAAUAUACUUUGCUGUAUUGUCCCUUUUUCCGGAUACACCCGGGAGUCUCUUGGAACGAGGUCAGCUGGAAGAAGCAGAGAAAGCUUUCAAUUUCUACAAUAACAUUGAUAGAAAGGUUACUGUAAGAGAAUUGUGCGUCAAUGAACUGCAAACGUCGACAGCGAUAAGUGAUUUUGAGGAGCUCAAGGCGUCAAAAUUAAAAGGAGGGAAAGCCACGUCCAUCACUUUGCAAGACUUUUUCAACAAGUCGGCUUUAAAGAAAUUUGCGAUCGCUUUUGUACUCUGCUUACAAAAUCAGUUUUCGAGCAGUUUCGCUUUCGUAAAUUAUAUGUCGCAUAUAUUUGCUGAAUCCGGUUCAACAUUAAAUCCACAGGACUGUACGAUCUUUGUGGGUGUGGUGCAGAUAUUGUGCACACUAUUGGCUUCUAUUUUGGUUGAAAAGUUUGGUCGUAAAACACUAAUGUUGACCUCGACCGCUGGCAUGGCGCUUGGCAUGUUCGGCUUUGGUGCAUUCGUACAGUUCACCGAUGACGCAACAAAAGCCGAAUACAAUUGGGUUCCACUGGUGGCGGUUGCUUUUGUCACCGCAACAGCCUCUUUUGGCGUAAUCUCGCUGACCUUUACGAUAAUUGUGGAAAUACUGCCGGCAAAGAUUCGUGCUCAGGCUCAGUCGAUUGCAAUGAUGUUUUGCAGCAUUAUGGUCUUCAUCACGCUGAAGUUGUAUCCAUAUUUUCUCUUCAAUCUGGGCAUAUCGAUCACAAUGUAUUCGUGCGCCAGCUCGUGUGUGUUCACCGGAGUUUACUUGCUCAUAUUUCUGCCAGAAACGAAGGGCAAAUCAAUGGCGAACGAUUGAGAAACUAAUUAAGUUAUUAAUUAAUUAAUUGUUACGGAAGUUUGUUGAAUACGAAAUAGAGACUUUUAAUCUUUAAAUACAAGUAGCUUAGUAGCUUUGUGUGAAAAAACGACAUCAUAGAGUUAGACCACGAAAAAGCAUCGCGUGCUUAAUAACCUAAAAGCUAAUAUUAAUAAUUUGAAAUAACCAAAAUGCAGUUGUUAUAGCAGAUCCUAUUAAAAACAUAUCACUGCUUACCAAAAGA